CACUUUCAUGUCACCACUCCAUAAGGCCACAACAGAUCUUCUUGUUCCUCUCUCUCAAUCUCUCUCUCUAAAACUCUUAUUUUCUUCGUAAGAGAUGGAACUAGCGUUGUCUCUAGGCGACAAUACUAAGAAACAGUUCUCUUUUAUGGAGAAGAACUCGAAGAUUAAUAAUCCCUCUGUCUCGUCGACAUCUACUUCCGAGAAGGAUCUUGGGUUCUGCAUGGCUUUAGAUGUUGCUUUUGGUGGUCACAGAUCGUUGUCAUCCUCUUCGUCUCCGUCGGUAGAGGAUGAGAAGAAGAAACCGGCGCCCAGAGCAAAAAAAUCUGACGAAUUUAGGGUUUCGUCUUCUGUAGAUCCACCAUUACAGCUUCAGCUUCACUUCCCUAAUUGGCUCCCUGAGAACAGUAAAGGUCGACAAGGAGGAAGAAUGCCCUUAGGAGCAGCUACGGUUGUGGAGGAGGAAGAGGAGGAGGAGGAAGCGGUGCCUAGUAUGUCAGUAUCGCCGCCGGAUAGUGUAACGUCGUCGUUUCAAUUGGACUUUGGGAUUAAAAGUUAUGGUUAUGAGAGAAGAAGCAAUAAGAGAGAUAUUGAUGAUGAAGUGGAGAGAUCAGCUUCAAGAGCCAGCAACGAAGACAACGAUGACGAGAAUGGAUCCACUAGGAAGAAACUUAGACUCUCCAAAGACCAAUCUGCUUUUCUUGAAGACAGCUUCAAAGAACACAGUACCCUUAAUCCUGUUCGUGUCCCAUUCUUUACAGUUUUUAUUUAUUUAAAAUUUGUCUUUCUUGAAUUUAUUCUAUUUUUUUAGUACCAAAUUUUAGCCUUAAUGCUUUUUUUUUUCUUUCUAAAACAUUGCAGAAACAGAAGAUUGCAUUGGCGAAGCAGUUGAAUCUUCGUCCUCGUCAGGUUGAAGUCUGGUUUCAAAACAGACGAGCCAGGUUAGCUUAUAUCAUUAAUUAUUUAUCUUCAUUUUCUUCCUGUGUAAACGGUUUAUUUUCUUCAUUGGAAGUAUAUUUUUUUGCUAUGAUUAAUUUCUGAAAAGAGGGAUGAGGACGAAAAAUGCAUCACGAGUAAUAAUAACAAAUUGUCGCAUGUCUAUCCUUGUCAUUUUUCGUGCAAAAGUAGUAUAUCACUUCCGCUCAUCAUUUCCAUAUAUAAUUGCUUAUAGUGACUUAUUCACAAAAAGAAAAAAAUUCAUAAUCCUUCUUUAUAUAAUUUGAACCCAAAAAAAAACGUCUUCUUUAAUCUUUACAAAAACAAAGUCUCAUAUUGUUGGUGGGGGUUAUGUGAUUGAUAAAUGAUAAUAGGACAAAGCUGAAGCAAACGGAAGUGGACUGUGAAUACCUAAAGAGAUGCUGUGAGUCACUAACCGAAGAAAACCGGAGGCUUCAAAAAGAGGUUAAAGAAUUGAGAACCUUGAAGACUUCCACACCCUUUUACAUGCAACUUCCGGCCACUACUCUCACUAUGUGCCCUUCUUGUGAACGUGUUGCCACUUCAGCAGCACAGCCCUCCACGUCAGCUGCCCACAACCUCUGUUUGUCCACGUCAUCAUUGAUUCCGGUUAAGCCUCGGCCGGCCAAACAAGUUUCAUGAAAGCACCUGCGAAAUACAGUUUGAGCAAACGGUCGAGCUAGAGUGGUUUUAAAAGUUGUCUUCUUGUGUAUAUAUUUAUUUUACUUUUCAUAUUUUAUUAGAGACCGCUAUUUUGAAAGACGAAUAGAUUGAUUAUCCGGUUAGUGUUUUGUUUUUCUUAGAUAGGACCGGAUAAAAAACAGAUGGAGCAAAAGGGUUGACAUGUUUUAUUGAAUGAUAGAGGAAUAUAGAAGAAGACAAAAGGAAAAGGGGAAAAUAUUUGGUUUGAUCUUAUAGACUUUUAUUUGUGAUUAAAGCAAAAGGGUUUGUCGUGCAAAAAAUCUUCACUAGAUACGUUUAAUUAUCGUGUUUUAAAUUUAUUAAA